AUGUGUAGAUACUAUACUUAUUAUCACCCGCUGUUCCCCAUUGCUCCAGAGCUGCCUCAUCUUUUGCAGUGCUAUCUUUCUCAGCUACCCCUUUUCUGGACAAUAAUCACCAUCGCCUCCAAGACCACAAAAGAGAAUCCGUCAAUUUACCUCGCAUUAUCCAGUGCUAUCCCAAAAUUGAUUGAAAAAAUCCUCCAUUCCAACGGAAAAGAACUUUGGAUGAUACAGGCGCUUCUGCUUCUGUGCUGCUGGCCAUUACCAUUUGGCCCAAAAUCUGCAGACCCAUCACUCUUAUACUCUGGACUGGCCACUAGUUCUGCUCUCGAAAUUGGCCUGCAUCGGUACAAAUUUCCUUCUGAUUUCACGUAUGAUGAACCAUACGACGAAGACCGGGCAUUCAUGCAGAAGAAGACGUGGCUUGCCUGUUUCAUUCUCAGUCAGCAUUUAAGCACUGAACUCGGUGUCCCAACCUGUUUUCAUAUCGAUCGGACCAUUAUAAGUGCUCUGGAAACACCGGAUAUUAGGAUUCCCUGCGUGCUAAGAGAUCAAUUACGAACCGCUUAUCUGGGCUUCCGAAUAUCGAACUCACUGGGAAAUGACAUAUUGUCUUUCUCGGGCUUGUCCAGCAACCGCAUGCAACUGAUACAUCUCUUCGAAACAGAUCUUGCCGCUGCUAGAACCGUCAACACAGGCGAUAGGGAUACCUCUGGCGAAAUUUGCUUCUUAGCGGUUAGCCUACAACUCUAUAGCUACGCCCUUGAGCAUAAUAUCGGAGAAGGGAAAGACAACACCGAUGAUAGCAGCAGAUGCGAAAUUCUUCUCCGUGGCUACCAUGCAGCAAUGGAGCUCGUGCAGAUAGCAGUGACAAAUUCGUUCGAAGCACCAUAUUGGACGCGACAGAUUUAUCAAUCGGUCAUCCACGCAAUCACUUUUCUCCUCAAGUUAUGUUCUUCUUCUGCACCUCAGUUAAGCGUCAUUGAUUCCCCAUCGACGCGAAACUUGAUCAGUCAAGGAUGGGACUUCUUACGGAGUGGCUCACUCAUGGAAAACGAUCAUCUAUUUCGCAUUAGUACUCUCGUUGCAUAUUUGAGCAAACUAGAGGAAAAGGAUCCUCAAUUACCGCGGCUCAGCGUCCAGUCCAGAAUGUCUGCCAACGUAAUGUACGAUGCUGUUUGGCGUGCUAAGCAGCGAUUUAGUCCAGAAGUGCGAAACAUGCGUCCAGCUGACUAUACGACUACAGCCGUGUUAGAAGAGCUGAGCGCCUCGUGGGCAGAGAACGUGCUGAAUGAGGAUGGACUUUUUCGUCACUGGAAUUCUGUGAUUACCAACUAUUGA